UGUAAUGGCGGCCCCCCUCAGUGGACAGGCCCCGCCCACGGCCGGAAGUGCCCCCGCCCGCCCCUUCCGGCCCGGCGCCGUGGCCCCUUUAAGGGCGGAACCGUUGCUACGGGGCGCGGGAGGCGCCGAAACUGAAUUGUGGCGCGCGAGAGGGGUUAUGGCCGCCGGCUGCCUGGAAGAUCCGUCCCUGGAGAGACACUUCAAAGGCCACAGAGAUGCCAUCACUAGCGUGGACUUCAGUCUCAAUAAGAAACAAUUGGCAAGUGGCUCAAUGGAUUCAUGCCUGAUGAUCUGGAGUAUGAGACCUCAGAUGAGAGCCUAUCGCUUUGUGGGCCACAAAGAUGCAGUGAUGUGUGUUCAGUUUUCACCUUCUGGUCACCUGGUGGCUUCAGGCUCUAGAGACAAAACAGUCCGUUUAUGGGUUCCCAGUGUCAAAGGAGAAUCUACUGUGUUCAAGGCUCAUACGGCAACUGUAAGAAGUGUUCAUUUCUCCAGUGAUGGCCAGUCCUUAGUUACAGCUUCUGAUGACAAAACAGUCAAAGUGUGGACGGUUCACAGGCAGAAGUUUCUAUUCUCACUUAGUCAACACAUAAACUGGGUUCGCUGUGCCAGAUUCUCUCCUGAUGGACGAUUGAUAGUGUCAGCCAGCGAUGAUAAAACUGUCAAACUGUGGGAUAAAACCAGCAGAGAAUGUAUACACUCCUUCUGUGAACAUGGGGGGUUUGUGAAUCAUGUGGAUUUUCAUCCCAGUGGUACAUGCAUUGCUGCGGCUGGUACAGAUAACACAGUGAAGGUGUGGGACGUUAGGAUGAAUAGACUUCUUCAACAUUAUCAAGUGCACAGUGCUGUGGUGAACAGUCUUUCCUUCCAUCCCUCUGGAAACUAUCUGGUUACUGCUUCCAAUGAUUCAACUCUUAAAAUUCUGGACUUGCUAGAAGGAAGACUUCUGUAUACUCUUCAUGGUCACCAGGGGCCAGCUACCUGUGUAGCAUUUUCAAGAGUUGGAGACUUUUUUGCUUCUGGAGGUUCUGAUGAACAGGUGAUGGUCUGGAAAACUAACUUUGAUGCAGCAGAUUAUGGUGAUGUACUGAAAACACAGAAGUCUGGCACUAGUAUGGAUGGGACUCAUCACACUCUGCAAUCAGAAAUGGAUUUUGGUGUUCAUCUUAAGAAGACAAAACCUCAGGAUUCUGGUAGGAACCAUGCACAGCAAGAGGAGGAGACCAGUCUCGCAAAUACCUUGGAGCAUAUUAUGGGACAGCUGGAUGUUCUGACUCAGCUAUCAUUUCAAGGUUUAUCAUGUAAAAGUGGGAAGGAGAGAAAAUACUUUCAAUUUCUGCUGAAAGAGGUAAUAGUAAGACAUCAGCUGAAGGCUGUCAUCUUUUGCCAGUGCACAGCUUUUGUUCUGUGCUGCACACUUGAAGCUGCAUUGUCUGCCACUCACCAAUUAUCGGUACCUUCCCUCUGUUGACAAUAGAUUUCCAGAUGAAGUGGGGUGUCAUGUACUUAGAGACAGCGGGAUUGUUUUUAUUCUAUUAAGAGUUCUCUUCCUGCCAGACACCAAUCGCAAGUAGCUCUGAGGCUGUACAGGCAUUGUGCCCUGUGCAGGAGGAUACACUUGAGCAGGCUUGCUCCUUCAGUUAGGCACUUCAGUUCUUAUCAGAGAAAGAUGGAUCAGAAGAAACUAGCGGCUGUUGUAUACCACAUCUGGCAGUAACUGCUGUAGCAAAUAGAUAUGGCCCCCUCAGAUUUACAAAGCUUCAUUUUUAUGUUGUUGACUUUGUGCUAUGAUUUAAUUCUUUAAGGUUUUGGCAACUUUCUUUAACCUGGUCUUUGAUUCAGUGAAACCUUCCUCUCUUCCUCCUCAUUAGAACUCUGUCAGGACAUUUUUUGUUUUACUUGUAAGGAAGUGGUCUAAUGUGAACUGACGGUCUUUGUAUUUUUUUCUAAAUGUGGUGUGUGUCUGGCCAUACUUCACAUGCAAAUAAAGAAGUUAACGUUUGUCUGCCUUUUUCAGAAGAGUAGCACCUCCUUAAUAAUUCUGCUGCCUUGAAGGAUGGAGUGAAGUUGAGACCCAGACAUAAGCCGGUUGUUUCCAGUAGUUUUGGAUUACUUAAAGAUACCCUGGUGCCUCUUUGUAGGAAAGCAGGCAAUUCAAAUCUGGCAAAGGAAUGAGGAAGAUGAGAGUAAUAAAUGUACAAUACGGGUGUUUUGCUCCUCCCUUUCCUGCAGCUUAAUAUCUUGUCAGUGUCUCAAUGUUUAAAAAGCUUGUUCUUUACUGGCAUUUCAGAGAUGUGAAAAGGAGAAAAAUGCAAAAUGUUUAUCAAUUAUUUUUUUUAUCAAAGGCUGGAUCUCAGUAUCUCAGUUACCUAUAUGAAGAGGUGGGCUGAAUAUUAAAAUUUAAGGGAAAAACAAGGUGAUUUUAUCUCUUGGAUAACUCCUGGAACAGAAAGGUGUUUUGGCUGAAACAAAAAUGGAGCAGAUAUUAAGAGUUUACUUGGUUCACAUGUGUUUUCUGCACUUGCAGCUGAGCUGCACUUCUGAAGGAUGAUCAUCUGUGAGUAACCAUGUUGCCUGCAGUGGAAAACUUGCAUUUGCAAUGAUCAUUUUCAAAGAGUUUGUAUACUGUUGUCCUCACUCCAAACACCUGCAGCUGCCAUGUUCACUUUGUUAAUCUGUAGUACUGGCGGGCAAUGGGCACUGAGGCAAAAGCUGCUGGUUUUAUGUGGGAAGGAAGAUGUCUGCUCCAGACAAAGAGUUCAGAAUCAGGUUAGCAUAAAAAUUCAUAAACAGCUGUGAUAAUCACCCACAGGAAACAGCUUUAUAUACUUCCCCAAACUAAUCUGGCAUUGAAGCUGGGAGAAAACAACACAGUGAAAUGGAGAAGACUUCAUAAAUCUGUAAAAUAAUCCAUGCCUGAACUGAAGGACAAUCUAGCUCAUGAGAUUAAAGGAUUAUUUCACUCCAGAAAAGAUUGCAGAGGGAGGGAGGAGAAUUUUUUAAAUUAAAUUCUUUAGCAUAAAAAAAAGACUUGGACACAAGUGAGUUGCUUUUUAAUUAAAACUGAAAAUGUUUGUGUGUAUAAUACUUAUAAUGAAACCAAGUAAAAUCAAAUUUGUUACUCCUUUUGAGAUGUGGUCUCCAAAGCCUGUGUUGGUGAGGAAUGAAUGUGGCCCCUCUUUUCUGAGAUAUAUUGAAUGUAGAUUAAGCAACUGGUUUAGUAAAAUAAAUGGUGUUAUGACUUCAAGUAGUUACAAGUCAAGAAGAAAGAUUGGGGGGGGGCGUGUGUGUGUGUGUGUAUGUGUUCAUAAGUGCUGCUACCUCUGCCUUGCGCAAAUGUCUUGGUUUCUAUGUUGCUCUUAAGACCUGAACACCCACUGGCUACAGGUGGACCCAAUGCAUAGGAAAAAAACUACAAGCAGUUUUUAUUCCAAAAGAAAUGGUUUAAAAUCCAAAACACUAAUAAAAAAUGUUCCCAUCUGAAAAAAAUGUGAAAUGCCAGAUGAGCUUGGUUUUUAAAUCUUAAUUUAAAGGACAUAGAGGCUAUUUCUCAUGAGUCAAAACCAUCUCUUGGAGAUGCAGUAGCUUUGAUCUCUUCACUCAAAACAAAUUAAGUACCUGGUUGUUGCCAGCCCUCUGUAUAAUAUCAUCAGAGCUACUUUUUUUCUGAAAUUUACUUCCAAAAUAUGCUUGUUACAAAAUCUCUAAGUCUUGAUGCAAGUACAUUUUUCUUCUAAGACUGCCUCAAUUAAACACACUCCUAGGGAUAUAGUUACAUUAGCAGGACACUGUCUAAAGGCUGGCUUCUUAAAAGUGCUGAUCAUCUCCCAGGAGGUCCGCAGGACCUUCACCUUCUAUUAGCCUUCAGUGGGGAGGAAUACUGAACACCUCCCACAAUUUGUGUUCACAAGCAGACCUUGAAGAUUAAUAUAAACUGUUAUUUGGCCAUUGGGUACCAGCAGCUGGGUUAAUUUAGAUGAGUGAUUUGCAUACUUGCAGAGGUAGAUUGGGUGGCAGGGGAAGGAUAUGGGAAGUCUUUGUGGUUGGGGGAGACCUCUAGUCAUUUGGGGUUCUAACCUCUAUAUUGUGCAGCUGCUCUCAUGGUACAUGCUUGGAUAUUUUGUUGUAGCUCAUCAUUACUUGCUGUGUUUUCAUACUGUGUGGUGAAACCUGAAGUCUCCUGACUCCUUUUGCUGUGCUAGUCUAGCCCUAGAGGCCUAGGAGCUCUGCACCAAGGAAGCUGCCUGUACCUGUGCAGAAGCUUGCAGCCAUUCCUUUCCGGAAGCUUGCAGAUCCAAUGCAAGUGCCACCAGUUUAGCUUUGGCUGAUCAACUGUCAAGACUGAAGCAACAGCAAUGUGUGAUGAAGUAUUUUUAGUAAGAGGGCUGUAAAUGGAAAGGCUCAGUUACAGAUGGCUUGUGUGCCUUGUGUCCCCACACUGUGUGGAAGAAACCGGCAGAGCCUGUGGCUCAUCUUCUUUGUGGCUAGGAUUGAUUUAAUACAAAGAAUGCCCUUUUCUGUCCUCCAGGGUCCCUUUGGUCACUGUGAUGCUAGUACUGACCAUGCUGCUUGGUCUGGCAAAGCAGGUCAUACUAGAAUUUUCAGGUACUCUUGUAUGGUUUUCUUACUGUAAAAUGCACAACAAGCAGUGCAAGUGAUAACUCGUUGCUGUACUGAGUGUACUGCAUGAGUAGACUUGAGUAGACUCAUGCAGUAGACGAAAGUUGCUACUGUAAUUUAGUUAAAGGGUUGGUCAACUGCAAUUCAAGCAUCUGCAGAAAGUGGAGUGUACUGGGAGGUGGAAGGAGAGAUGGCAGCUGAUAAUCAUAGCAUGGUUUGGGUUGGAAGGGACCUUAAAGAUCAUCUAGUUCCAACCUCCCCAGCCAUGGGUACGGACAUGUUCCACUAGAUCAGGUUCCUCAAAACCCUGUCUAACCUGGCCUUGAAAAUCUCCAAGGAUGGGGCAUCCACAACUUCUCUGGGCAACCUGUUCCAGUGCCUCACCACCCUCACAGUAAUAAGAAGGAGGUAUUAGCUGAGCAAUACUGGUUUCAAAUUUUAUAACUACCCACUUCCUUCUUGUAGUGCUUUGGGCUGCUAAAUAUAAAAAAUUCUUUACUUUUCAAGUAAUCCGAGUAGCAUGUGUCUGGCUGAAGAGAGCUGGUAGGACUAGGAGCUCUUGGGCGCUGCACUAGAGAGCAGACAUCGAGGUGGUUUAGCCAGACGACUUCUUGAGCAGAUCUGGAGCUCUAUGUAGGGAUCCUGAUGAGGCCAGGUUAAUGUUAGCAUUUGCACUUCUGCAGGCAUCAUCAUGUAUUCCUAAUCCACGUGACCUGACUGUGACUUUGGAUGAAGGUGCAGAAACCAUGUUGAGGGGGCUUAUGGGACUUCCUAACCCACAGCUGUACAGCAGCACUAACUGAUACAUUCCUGUCUGGCCACACUGGAGCUAAGUGUUUUGUAGUAGCAAAUAUAAAAAAGUUUGUGGAAUUUGAAGCAUGCUACAAAGUAAACCCAGGAAAAUUCAUGAAGUUGCAUUAAAGAUUGAGGGGAAGACUGAAGCACUACAUGAGCUCUGUUCUUCAUUCUGAAAUAAUCAAUACACUAUCUGUGAAUCAGCCUGGUGUGAAAUAUUCUAUGCAAAUAGGCUUUGUGAGAAUUUGCCUUAGAGUCUGCAUUCAAAGCAAUUGAGAUGUUGUGGAGCUACAGAAUUUAUUUUAAAUGUCUCUGGGGUAGCAGAUCUUGUUUUGGUCUGAGCAGAUAAGGAGCUAUCAUUUCUUUAGAAAUCAGUUCACAUUUUAAAAGAAAAACAACAAACAAAAACCACCUUAAUUGUGUAUUUGAUCUCUGAGAUUAAGGCUUUGGCCACUAGAGUAAGUCUAGUCCCGGCAUGUGUUUGUUUGCUACAUAAAGUGUUAAUAACUGUGAAGGCUUCAUACCUUGUUACACUUUCAGGUAUGAGGCUUACUUCCUCAGUUAGUCUGAACUGCCAGCUUUUUGCUGGAAAUGCUUCAGAGCAUACUGAAUGUCAGUAGCCAUUUCAAGUCCCAUCUCAAAACUGUGUUAAGAUAAAACUUGUACACGAUGAGGGCAGUCUAGCUUUCUUCAAGCAUGUUUAGUAAUAGCAGGGGUCUGCUUUGAGUUUCACUAGAUGCAGUUGCUGAGAUCGAAGGGAGGCUGACAGCAAGUCAGGGCAAAACUUAGUAUGAUAGGAGGAGAGGGUGCUUCUCACCAGGCAGCUUCAUGCUUGAACCUCAGAGUGACUUGUGCUGCACGAGUUCUCCCAUGAGCCUUUUAAUCUUGCAGCUGAAGUUUGGUAUUUUGAAUUAUUGCUGGUGGAAGGAGUUAAUUACGUGUUCUGUAAAAGGUAGGUAGGGCUACCCUGGUGCAAACCCUUCCUGUGAUACUUUAUUUCACUCAUUGGAUUAGUUUAGAGAAAGGGCUCCCAAGCUUAAUUUACCUGGAAACUUGCUAAUUUCUGUCUCUGCACAGAACUGCGUAUACAUUCAGGACAGCGUUUAGCGAGUGUUGGAGGUGCCAUCUUAGUGAAAUGCAUACAAUAGCUGGGGUCUCUUUUGAAUAUUACUCAGUUCAGGUGGUGCAUUUGAAGGCUGGCAACUGUACUCCUUUCUUGCAAGACUGAUUUUACUUUCCAGUAUAGUGCCAGCAGGUCUCCUCAAUGCUGUGCAGCAGCUUGAGGUCCAAGUGUCACAAAUUUGUGCCCUAGAGGUAUAUAGGUGCCUCUGAACCCACUCCUUAGAGCUUGCUCAGGAGAGACCCUUGGAUGCUAAGGGAGCAUUCCCAUGAUGCAGUUUACUUGCUGUACUUCUUGGUUGUGUUUGGGACUGAAAUCCACUCUGCAGUGACUAUUUUUCUGGAAAAUCAAGUAGCCUACAAGAAGUUACAGCUGGGCAUCUAGCUCUUUGAAAACAAACCAAUGUUGGCCUGAGUCUUUACAGAGGGGAGAGCUCUUAAGCCUGCAGCUCCGGGUCAGACUUGGUAAGUCUCGUUCUGCAAAUCCACGGACCAUCUGUUGUCUUCAUUGUACCUCUUGAGAGGCAUCCCUAAGUCUCCUUGUACCAGCACAGUGGAGUGGGGAAACUGAGUGCGUGGAAACUUAGAAACUUCUGCAUUUGUUGCUUGUUCUUUUGCAGGUGUGUUUUUUUGAUAAAUUGUAAAGAAAAUGCUGUCUUCAUAAAUUAACGUGUCAGAUGGGAAAGAAAAAUCUGAAGAGGUAGUAAUGUUUUUUCUUGGGCUGAUAUGUUAGUGCCCUGCAAAAUCUUUUUUAGCAUAUGCUUAGAAAAACUGGUGGAGCAAACUUAAGAAUCUUUUUAUUUAAGUAAAGCUAGGAAACUACUUCUGCCUCCUUCGAGAUCAAUGGAGAGAGUGAUUUUACGUUAUGAAAUGAUGACAGGAAUAGAAGUGCAAGUGUAAUACUUAGCCUGCACAUAGCCAAGAGCACAUCUACUUUGCAGCUGGUGUGCAGGAUCAUAUACCUUGUAGGCUGAGCCUGGCUGUUACCUCAUUUGAGUAACUGUAGUAUCAAUACAUGUUUUUGGGAUCCCACAAUUACUGCUGAUCAACCGGAGCAGUGCUAUGUCCCCUGUGCUAUUAUGUGUGCGAACUCAAUCAAAGCUGGUGCGAGUGGCAUACUGAAAAACCCAUGUGCAAGCAGGAGCUGCACUUUUUUGCUUGCAGAGGAGUCAUCCCUUAGCAGGGCGAGCCUAACGUUAUUCCACUGUUCCUGUGCUCUUGUCAGCUUUGCCUGCAGCUCCAGGUUAAGUACUGCUUUAGUUAAUGAGCAGCCAUCUGUUUAGGUGGAUCUCUAUCUCCUGGCAGAGAGGCCCACCACUGCUCAAGAGGGUUGCUGAGGGCCUCUGCUUGCUCUGGACUCUGCUUUUCAGGUUUCCUUUGGUAGUUGUAGAACUGGUUUCUGUUGGCAUUCAUUUAGCACCUGGUUCCCCUUAUCUGUAGUCUGUGAAAGAGGCAGGGCUGAUUGUCCCUCCAGGACCCCUGCAAAAGCCUCAACCCUGAGGCUAGUGGUUCUUAAACUGUCUCUGCUACUUAAUCAGACAGGGAAAUGUUUAACAGGGACUAAGGAAAAGAUACUGAUGAAGGUGUCUUGGAACAGCAUUCACAAAUCACUAUUACUUGGGUUGAGAGAGUAAAAAUAAUAUGGAGGAAUAGCAUAGGGGACUUGUCAUCAUGUAAGCAAGUGUGACUAUUGGGUGCUUCAGUUUAGGUGUCCUGGGGGAGGAUGGAGCUGAAUGUUCCCCAGAACUUAAAAGUAAAUAGGAGAUAACUUUUUUUUUCUAUAUAGUUUUUCAUUAAUGUUUCCGAAGAGAAUAGCAGGUUUUUUUCUAGGCUAAGUCUGCAAAGGUGAAUGAAGACAAAUGUUGCAGGAAGUCUUGGUGGAAUUGAUUUAAGUAAGUUUUCUUUUGUGUGAGAAAUUUCAUAUUCUGUUCUGGUGUCCAUAGUAAUGCUUAGUAUAUUACUGUAAUGUCAGAAAUACUCCUUAAAAAAAAAAAAGAAAGGUUGAUCUUCCUUCUUAUUUAAGCCUAAGCUGUUAUCCUUCUGCCAAUUUGAGCCAGGAUUUUAAUAAAUUACCCAGCACUUUACUCCCUGGUGCGUAAUGGAGACAUGUACUGUGCUCCUGACACAACAGGAAGCCCAGAUCCUGCCACAGAGAACGGCUUGAGUGCGAACCCAGCUCCAGUGAAUCCUCACUGAAUCUGGCUAACAGUAUUUUCCUCCUUGGCUUAAUUGUUGGUUCGUUAUCUUCUGAAAAGCAAUAGCAAAAACACGCAGGAGUUGAAUGGAUGCAGUUUAAUUUGCCUACCAACAAGGACUUGCUUUAUGAAUAGCAACAUGGAAAUACUGUAAAACUCUGUCAGCUGCUGAUAAAGGAGCUUUUCUUUCAUGUGUAAGUUACAAUAUAGCACUAAUAGCAGCUGGGCAGUAUUUGUGCUUUCCCUUACCUUCCAAGGAUGUCUGAUGCCCUGUGUAUUUUGGGCAUCGUAUAUUCAAGUCUAAAUGGCUGUAGUCAUCAAUUCCUACUUUGGACUUCCUGGAUUUAAUUUCUGACUGCUACUUUUCCACUUUUAGUUUCCAAAAAAUACUCACUACAGGUUUUCUGUGUAUACUUACAUGCAAUUUCCAUUCUAAUAAACAUUUUCCUUACAGCUUUUUCACAAAUUCAACACUUCUGAAAUCUGCUUUACUUGUGCUUAGUCUCACAGUGCUGCAUGUAACAACACUUAACUCGUAUCAGCAGGAUCGCGGUGGCAGUUAAUCAUGGAAUAUAGGAACUGCAAGUAAUCUGGGGUUUUGCUUCUAGCAGGGCAGUGUGACCAGGACAUUAAUUCAGUUGAUUAUCUUUCUAAAGGGAAUUUGAUGCAAUGUUUCACCCUCACCUUUUUAACCGAGUCUUGAGUUACUAGUUCUUCUUUUUUUAAAUGGAAAAGCAAGGAUCCCUACUGCUUUUCAUUCUCUGUCUGGUUGCUUGCAGGGUAAGAUCUUUGCUGUAAACCCCUGGUAGACAUUCAGCCUGCUGUGUUCUGCCCUGAGUAGCUUUACUCCUGACAUCUGUAAGACAGCCACUAGGCAAUAGUGUGGCUUCAUAAGAAAAAAGACUAAAUCCUCUUUCCUUUGAAUAGACGGGAGGGCUCCUGCUGGCUCUGGGGCACCUGGGAUGUUACCUGCUGGCUCUACAACUUUUCUUCUUGUUCUCUGUGUACUGCAGUUCUUGUGCCUCAAAGGGGUGGCAAUAGAGGAGGAAAAAACUUAAAUGAAGCUAGUGCUGUAGCCCAUGGGAAUAUUUAAGUAAUUCAGGGUUUUUUCUUUCAGGUGAAGCUUUCUACAGUUGCAGCAAUGCUGCAUUAGGCAGCAGGGGUUAGCUCUUCUGCCUUGUCACACGUCAGCGGUACAUGUGCAGUAGAAGUAAGCUUUGAACUAUGUUUGGGGAAGAAAAAAAGGGCGUGUUACAGUAAAUGCUAUGAUGCACAGCCCCCUCUGACUUUGUUGAUACGCGAUCUUGCAAGAUGGCUUUGCCAUGGUGUUUGGUGUUGGUUUUUACUACAUCUGUUUUCUCCCCCCCCCCCCUCCACCAUUUGUCUCAUUCUCCAAAUCAUUUUACAGGAGACUUUUCCUAGUCUCAAGUGGCCUUAGCCAAGCUAUUUCCUCUCUUUGUGCUUUCGUUUCCCCAGCUGUAAAAUGGGGAUAAUGAGACCUGCUUUCUUUUGUCAAGCACUUAGAUGUGCUUACGAAAUGCGCUAUUAAAAGGCUUUCUAUGUAUAACUUCUAUACGAACAGUGGUUGUCCAAGCUUAUUUGAAUUACUUUAUUGAAGUCCAAGGUUCUGAACAUCCUUUGUUUUUAACAGAGUAUGUUAUUUAUGCGUUAAAAAUGCUCAAAAUGUGAAGAUAUUGAUUAUUGCUGAUAAGUUUAUGGAUAUUAAAGCAUUAAAUCAUCACUGCCUAUUAUCAGCCAUUCCGGUGUCUUUGGAAGCUGAAAGUGGUUCUGCAUAGCUGGGUCCCUUGAUUACCUCAGAGUGAUCAAUAAAAGGUUUUCAGCAGAAGCUUUUAUUGCCACGUGGUUAAAACAUUCUUCCUGUGCAUUCUGUACAUGAUGACUUCAGCUCGAGGAGAAAGAUACAACAGUUCUUUGUGGGGUAACUGGAUUACACAAAAAUAUUUAGGCAUUAUGUUGAGGUAGAUAUUGCCACUUUGGGUUUCAGUUCCCCUCCAUCGCCUGUUGCACUGCCUUACUCUGGGAGGGUUUUCUUGCUUGUCAUUGUGCUUGUCCAGCAAGUUCUGUGUGUUUUAAUUGCAGCAAACGGACAGCUUUCAGGGUAGGAAGGAAAGAGUCAGAAGCAGAGAGGCAAAAUCAAAGCUAAAACUGGGCGAAACUGUUCAAAACCUCUGUUUCUCAUUAGCAGAAGAGUGCCUGGUGGCUCAUGAACGUGGAAGGACAGAAUCUGUCUGUGAAAGGAAAUGCAGAGCCCAGUUUGAAAGCACCAAGUGCUGGAACGGGUGCUCGGUGUUGUCUGCAGGAGAGCUUUUGCCGCCAGCCUCUCCAGUUGUAUGGGGCUCUGCCCUGCUAAAAUGCUGAUACUGGAGUUACAGCCCUGAAAUACCUCAAAAUACUCCUGUGAAUUCAGCAUUUUAUUACCCACUGAGAGUACAGUACGUGGCUUGUCUUUGUGAGCAGCUCAACAGCAGCUUUAGUUUUGUU